AUGAAGAGGCUAUCCAUAGCACCUCCUACGUCGAGGAGGAAAUCUGGUGCUGCAUCUCUGGAAGAUCACAAUGCAAGAAAAGUUUUGGAGCAAUUGGAUCAAGACACCACUUUGGUACUUCAAGAUAUAGACAAGAAUAUUUCACGCGCGAAUGCAAUCAUAAAUGACAAAUUGAAGCCGGUGAUUCAAGAGUAUGGAGUUGAAAGCUGGAAAGUGUGGCACAAUUCAGGGUUUUGGAAAAAGUUUUUUGAGCAAUCAGCCAAUGUGGUGUUGAAUAGUUUUGAAACACCGAUAAACGAAAUACAAUCAAGCUCCAAUUUUUUAAGUGAGAUGGAAGAUGAAAUUGUCGAGGAACAACCUAGAACACUUACUUCGUUGGAUACCAAACGGCCUGAUUUGAAACACGUUGUUGAUGAAGACACCGCCACAUGGUCUACUGAGCAACAUAAUCCUGGUCGACAAAUCUCGGCAUCUACACCGCAAAGAGGGCAACCACAAACGCAACUGCACAGAUCAAGAUUUGCAGCAGCGCCGAAAAUGGAAAAAUUGCCAGAAAAUGUUCAUUUGGAACCUCCAAACUCUUAUGGCACUAGACUAUCACCAACAAGGCGUCAUCUGAAAGCAUCGCCAAUGCGAGUCCAAACAAUACGUCAAUCACUCGAUGCUUUACACAGGAUUUCCAUAUCACCUCGCAAGCAAAGAACUCCGAUCACAUCCAGAAAUACAGCAAUUCAAAACUUACUCAACUCGUCCCCCACAUUUCCUGAACCACCCGUGUUGCAAUCUGAAAUAGGUAGUGAAGUAUCGAGACUCCCCAGUCAACAAACUCCCGGUCGCAGUUCAGAUCAUGAAGGGCAUUUGCAAAAGUUCCCAAACACUCCAAAAUAUUCCUCCUCCCGGUAUAGUAACUCAUCUGCCAAUACGCCAUUAGCCGUGAGAGAUGACGAAGAUGAAAAUGAUCUACAGCCACCAAGAUUAGAAAGUGAUGCAAAUCAACCAAGUUCUGGACCACCAUUGGAAAGUGAUUCAAGUGAGGACCCGUUGCCUGCAUUGAACACAAUUGAAUUGAAAAGUGGAAGAAAAAGGUCACAAACUCCACCAGCACAAGGAUCAAGUAAAAGAAGGUCCAUUGAAAGGAGGUCAAGUGAUCGUCGUGAGACCCUUGAAGAGGAUAACGUCUUUCUAGAUAAAUCACUGAGACGACGCAAACGAAAUUCGAACGCCAAUGCAGCGCAUAAUGAUGACAACAGCGAUUAUUCACGAUCGAUUUCCCAAAUUUAUGCUGAAGGAAUUUCAAGCGUGAGAGAUGAUGGAUCCAAGGAGGACACUGAAGUCAAAGAAGUGUUGGUUGAUGCAACCAUUGAUACAACCCAUGGUGGAACGAAGGAAGUCACGGAAACAUUGACUGGUGAUUUGGGUCCAUUUAAGGAGCGUUGGAAGAAGCUUUCUAACCUUUGA